AGUGUUUAUACUCUGGGUGGCAUGGACGAGUUUCAAAUGAGUACAUCAAGAGUGGAAAGAAUCAAUCCACAGAAUGGUGAAGUGACCUUACUCCAACCAAUGAUUGAGGAGAGAGAUUUGCAUUCUGCAGUGGCUCGAAAUCAUGCAGUUCUAGUUUUUGGAGGCGUUAAUUGGCAUAGUAAAAAAUUCUUAGACUCGUGUGAGGAAUUUCUACCUACAACCAACACAUGGAGGAAACUGCCUCCAAUGCCAACGCCCAGGUCUUCCACGGGAGCAGCACAUAUCCCUGGUGUUGGUGACAUAGUUGUUGGUGGGCUUGUACAAAUUAGAAACUUAUCACAGAAAGUCGACAAAGCCGAAAUCUUUUUGACAACUUCAUCGCCUCUUGGACAUGCUGGCAGUUGGUGUGAAAUCACUCCCAUGCUUCAUUCGAGGACCUAUCCAUUAGCAGAAUUUUUUAAUGGAAAUGUAUACGUCGCUGGUGAUUUUAAUAAUUCAACUUCUUCUGUGGAGACGUUGUCCUUAUUUUCUGAAGGACCUCCCCAGUGGACCGAAGUGAUCAACGCCUCCUUUUCAACAGUUUCGAUGAUCUCUUUUAAUGGGAGUCUUUUGUUUGGUGGUGAGUCAUGUUUACUUCUAUUCAAUUAUUUCGAAAUUAAGUGGAAAUAUUUUCCUGUGUUAGAAAUUACUUGUUGUCCACAACAUAUUUAUCUUCUCUCAAACAGGGAAUUGAUUAAUUUGAAAACACGAGGUCAUAAAUAG